CUUCCUUCUUAGCCUGUAACCCAUGUGGAACACCAACGCCAAGGCGCUGGGAUGUCGGCACGAGCGGCUAUGACAGGGACGAGCCGGUAAGCCGGUCUGGCGAAAGUGCGGGUCGGGAACACGGCGCGCUUUCUCCUCCCGCCACGCCUUCUGCUCGCCGCCGACCGGAAGUCCCUGUUGUGAAUGGGUCUUGAGCCGGUGUCGGCCACUCCUCCGUGUGGGCUUCCCACCGGGCGACUCUGGAUCUCUCAUCCCGUCGGCCGCUAGGUUCAUGUGGAGGCUCCCAGGCCGCGCCGCGCUUCGUCGGGUCGGGUCGGUGGUGGAGCGGUGCAGCCGGGCCGAGGCAGCGACCGACGAGACGGUGCGCGCCAUGGAGCGCGCUGUGGUGCGCUGUGUGCCCUCGGAGCCCAAGCUCAGCCUGUCUUUCGCGCUGGCCGACGGCAGCCACAAGAACAUGCAGCGCGACCAGAGCGAGCCUCUGGGCCGGGCCCUCAGCCGGAUCGCUACCAACGCCCUGAAGGGCCACGCUAAGGCAGCAGCUGCCAAGAAGAACAGGAAGAACCGAGCGCACGCGAGCGGCGGCGGCGCGGCCUGCGCUGCGGCGGGGCCCGAACCGGCCGCGGCGGCCUGCGAGCCGGUGGUGAAGCUGUACUACCGAGAGGAGGCCGUGGCUGAGGAUGUGCUCAACGUGGAUGCCUGGCAGGACGGCGCGGUGCUGCAGAUCGGCGAUGUCAAGUACAAGGUGGAGCGCAACCCGCCGGCCUUCACCGAGCUGCAGUUGCCGCGCUACAUCAUGGCUGGCUUCCCGGUGUGCCCGAAACUCAGCCUGGAAUUUGGGGAUUCCGCCAGCUCCGUGUUCCGCUGGUACAAAGAAGUCAGACCCGGUGCGGCAGAGCCCGGGGACAGCGGCCUCGCGGCCUCGUCUCACUCCUUGCCGUCUUCAGCUUGGACCGAGACGGGUGUCGACGAGCGCGUCUACACCCCGUGCAAUGCUGACAUCGGGCUCCGGCUCAAGCUUCGCUGCACCCCGGGCAAUGGGCAGCGCUUCGGGCCAAGCCGAGAGCUGGAAAGCGUGUGUCCGGUGGAGGCUGGGCCUGGCACCUGCACUUUUGACCAUCGACAUCUGUACACCAAGAAGGUGACAGAGGACUCCUUCAUCCGUACCGUCUCCUACAACAUCCUGGCAGACACGUACGCCCAGACUGAGUUCUCUCGGACAGUCCUGUACCCGUACUGUGCCCCCUACGCCCUGGAGCUUGACUACCGCCAGAACCUGAUCCAGAAGGAGCUCACCGGCUACAACGCGGACCUCAUCUGUCUGCAGGAGGUGGACCGCGCAGUGUUCUCCGACAGCUUGGUACCGGCCCUGGAGGCCUUCGGGCUGGAGGGCGUGUUUCGAAUCAAACAGCACGAAGGCCUGGCCACUUUCUACCGGAAGUCAAAGUUUACCCUCCUUAGCCAACACGACAUUUCUUUCCAAGAAGCCUUGGAGUCGGACCCCCUGCACAAAGAACUGCUAGAGAAACUGUCUUUGAACCCACUAGCGCAGGAGAAGGUACUCCAGAGAUCGUCUGUGCUUCAGAUUUCAGUUCUUCAGUCUACAAAGGACUCUUCUAAAAAGAUAUGUGUUGCUAAUACUCAUCUCUACUGGCACCCAAAAGGUGGAUACAUUCGUCUCAUUCAAAUGGCAGUAGCUUUGGUUCACAUUAGACAUGUUUCAUGUGACCUGUAUCCUGGCAUACCAGUUAUAUUUUGUGGAGACUUUAAUAGUACACCAUCAACAGGAAUGUAUCAUUUUGUCAUCAAUGGCAGCAUUACAGAGGAUCAUGAAGACUGGGCUUCCAAUGGGGAAGAGGAAAGAUGCAAUAUGUCUUUCACACACCUUUUCAAACUGAAAAGUGCUUGUGGUGAACCUGCUUACACAAAUUAUGUUGGUGGCUUUCACGGAUGUCUAGAUUACAUUUUCAUUGACUUAAAUGCGUUAGAGGUUGAACAGGUGAUACCGUUACCUAGUCAUGAAGAAGUUACCACCCACCAGGCCUUACCUAGUGUUUCUCAUCCUUCUGAUCACAUAGCACUGGUAUGUGAUUUAAAAUGGAAAUAGAUUUUGCUUCAUUGAGUCCGAAAAGGAAGCUAGUUACUUUUCAGAAAAUUUAAUAUGAAUCAGAGCUUAUAUAAAAAAUCUUCAAAGAGGAUAUCUAGUCACUAAACUUUAUUAUGGUCAUUCCCUAUUAGUUAUGUCCCAGAUGGCUUUGUUACAGAGCCAAUUCAUGUUUGUAUCAUAUAAUACCCUUUUCCUCCUUAUAAUUUCCUACAUGUGAAGGAAAACAUAUUUAUGAUUAGCCAAGAAAAAAAAUUGAAUUAUUGUGUACAUUUUAUAAGUUUUUUUAAUCUGGUAAUUAAGAUUUUUAAGAACUAUCUCAUAGUUUUUCUUUCAUAACACAUUUUACAUUGAAUUAUGUUCAUAUAAUUGGGGAGGAGGGGACAUGCAGGUAAAAGACCGAAAGACUUCAGAGAGACAUGGAGUAAAUUAGUCUAGUCUGUCACUACCUCAAUUUGGUUAGAAUUUAUUAUCAUUUUAGAGCUUUAACAAAAGAUUAAAAUAUUCCAUUUUUU